AUGGCCCCUUCGAUCAACGACGUUCCUCAUGGCCAAGUGCAGGUCACUUCACCAUGCAAAGUCGGCAUUAACGGCUUCGGUCGUAUUGGCCGAAAUGUACUUCGCGCAGCCCUAGUCCGUACCGAUAUCGAAGUCGUCGCCAUCAACCACACCUGCAUCUCGGUUGAAGACCUCAUCUACCUAAUCCGCUACGACUCCUCAAUGGGAUAUCUCGACGACCGAACUCCGAUCCACAUCCUCUCCGAGACCCUCAUCACAGUCAACGGCAAGCAAAUCGCCCUAACCUCCGAGCGCGACCUCAAGAAGCUCAACUGGUCUGCUCUGGGAGUCGACUAUGUUCUCGAAUGCACCGGCAAAUUCACCAAGCGAGACCUUGCUCUAGACCAUGUCACUUACGGCCAGGCAAAGCGUGUACUCAUCUCUGCCCCUAGCUCGGACUCACCUACUUUCGUCUAUGGUGUGAACUCGGACGACUACACCCCUACCGAGGACUGCCGUGUUGUCUCCAAUGCAAGCUGCACUACCAACUGUGUGACUCCUGUUUUGAAGGUUCUCCAAGGAUCCUUUGGCGUUCAACAAGGUUUCUUGACAACUAUCCAUGCUGCCACAAGGUCACAGCAGGUCCUGGAUGGGUACAGCAAGAAGAACAAGCGUCUGGGACGUGGCGUAUUCGACAACAUCAUUCCCACAACCACUGGAGCCGCUAAGGCUAUUGCCGCCGUGCUACCAGAGCUGAAGGGCAAAGUGACUGGUGUCUCCAUUCGUGUGCCUACUCCCAAUGUCUCAAUGAUCGAUCUCACCAUCAGCACCGAAAAGCCGACCUCGCUGGCCGAAGUCAUCGCUGCUUUCCGUCGGUCCGCUAAGCUCGACAUGGCUGGUGUUCUCAAGGUCUCUGACGAAGAGCUUGUGAGCAGUGACUACAACGGCAGUUCUUACAGCGCUAUCAUUGACGCUCCCUCGUGUAUGGAGUUGAACCCCCAGUUCUUCAAAAUCAUGGCUUGGUACGACAAUGAAUGGGGCUACUCUAACAGACUGUUGGAUUUGACUACCCACGUGCACGCCCAGGAGGCUUGA